AUGUACCUCUUCGACGUCUACACUAACUUGAAGAAAGGCGAUCUCGCCUUCAUCAUCUUCGCUGGAACCCACGACGGAGCUAACUUCUCCAAAAAAGCAACACGAGCAAGACUUGAAAAAGUCUCAAUCGACGAAGUCGUCGAAGAAAUGAGAGCCAACUCAACCACCAGUAGCAUCCGGCAGAGCGGAACACUGCUCAAGGGACUCUCCCAAGUCCUCAACAAAAAGCCGGUCCCCAAGACCAAGAAAGCCGACAAGACUCUUUUCGACUUCUCAAUCAACGACAUCAACGAUGAAGAUAUGGGUGAAAUUGAGUUUCCCGAUGAAGAUCGAAACAGAGCGCGAUGGGAGCAGAUUACGAUGCGCGACGAAUCCGAAUUCUUGAAUCUGGACGAUGAUGCACCAGUUGAACUGCCAUACGAUCACGACGAGAUGGUGGCGCUCUUCGGGGAAAAUAUUGUGGGUGUCACUGACGAGGAACUCAACAGUAACUUUCCAUCCUCGACCCAGUCUCAGCCCCAGCGCGCAGACUCCGAGCAGCCAUCUUCUGGACCGUCCAUUCCAGCACCUGGACCAGAGUUCGAAUACACCGCGGUCCAGCCUCCAAAUGACGCUCCCCAGCAGGAACCGCCUGCACCAGAAGAGAAGAACCCGUUCGAUUUGAGCGCAAUCGCCGGACAUGGACCAGAGACGACUGCAAUCAACGAGAGUGCCACCGAACCGGCGAUUUCACUUUCUCUUCCACAGGAGAACAUUGCCACUGCUUCGGAAACUCCUUCGCCCGACGAUGAAAACAACAAUGAAACUGUGACCAACGAAAAGCGCGGAAAGAAGAAGAGGGCCUUGAUUAUCGACGAGGUGAUCUCGCUCAGAGAUCCGAGCAAAGAAGGCUACGAAGCGCUCGGUUUCGGCGAUGUCAGCGAACUCAUCAACGACCCUUUUGAGUUCUUUGGCACAAUCGAGCUCAAGGUCGGCUCCAAAGACAGAGGAGUUCUGAAGGCUUUGAACGACAACCGAAGGGAGAUCUUCUUGAACCCCUGCACUGCGGACAAACUGCACGAAGAGGUCUGCGAGGCGUUCCGCCGUGAUGCCAAGACUGCAGGACGACGUGCAAGAGGAAACCAAAACGCUACGAACGACGCUCGAAGCAUCUCAAGUAGCAUGGAAAACCGAAGCACGGGAGAAGGACGGCGAAAUGUGACGGCUGAAAACCGAAGCACGGCGAGCUCCUCUAGCAAGAGCAACACGUUCGUGAACAGGCCCACGAGUGGAAAUGACAUCUCCCUCCCGAACGAUGUCUCUGGUCCAAAAAUGGCGAGUACGCCAUUUACCAGCAUUCCGUCAGUUCAACUCCCCGCUCCUCAACCGCCACAAGUUGAGGUCCCCCAGGUUGAAGUCCCUCAGGUUCAGCCUCCGCAGAUGCAAGUUCCUGAGUUCAACCCGCAGCCUCGCUCUUCUUCGCAAGGCAGCCAACAAGAUUUCAAAGAAGCCUUGCUCAACUGGCUCCCUGAAGUCGGCGUUUACGCAAACUUCAACGAUUUCUGCCGCGGAAUGAAAAGAACGCAGGCGGCGAAAGCGUUCUCCGCCCUCAUGGCACUCGGGGCUGAAGGCCUCAUCGACAUGAAGGAGCAGGAAAUGCCCAACGCCCCCAUCUACUUCUGUCGACUGUAA